AUGAGCGCCUACUAUCUCAACAACCUACAACAACGGGUGAUCUCCGUCUUUUUGCGGCACCCAGAUACAAGCAGUGUCGAUAUUACCGUUGAGGCCUACAUCAGAGCUGUCAUCCGAGACUGGGGAUUUACGAGCACCAUUGCCUACACAAUUCAUGGAGAUGGUACAGUUGUAAUUUCUCACAAUGUUCGUCCCGGCGGCUAUCAGCCGACCAUACUACCUCAGAUAGGUCUUGAUGUGCAGCUACCCUCCGAUUUCGGAGCGGUGAAUUGGUUUGGCUGUGGACCUGAUGAAUCCUAUGCUGAUAAGCGCAACUCCAAAAAGCUCGGCUUACAUAGCCGGACUCCAGAUAGUCUCUUCACAUCUUAUGAGUAUCCACAGGAGAAUGGAAAUCGCGCGGGCACACGCUGGCUUCAGCUCACGAACAGCCAGGGUGUUGGCUUCGUGGUGACGCGAGUAGAUGAGGCCGCGAAGACAGGGGAUGAGUUUGACUUUGCGGCACUGCAUUACACUGCAGAAGAUAUCACCAAUGCGGCUCAUCCGACAGACUUGAAGAAGAGGGAAGACGUCUUCCUUCGGUUAGAUGCUGCACACGCAGGAUUGGGAACUGCGCGGUGUGGCCCUGCUACCCUGAAGAAAUACCAGGUUCCUUGUAAGGAGACUAGCUUUGCGUUUUCUUUUACUCCGCAGGUCCCUCUUUGA